GGGGCGGAGCCACAUUGAGCAAAGUCGAGGAAGAAUUUUGUCAAACAUCAAGAUAUUUCUACAGCAUCUACCCAACAGUGAGUGGUGUAAACGUGCUCUGGCGCUGACCUGUCGAGAUGGCUGACAACAGGGACAAAGCUACCGAUCAAAUGAAGACGUGGAAGGAGAACAGGGCGCUCCAGAGGCCAGACACACUGACCACAGGGGCCGGCCAUCCCGUUGGAGAUAAGCUGAACGUGCAGACUGCGGGACCGAGGGGCCCUCUGCUUGUCCAAGAUGUGGUCUUCACAGAUGAGAUGGCCCACUUUGACCGGGAGCGAAUCCCAGAGAGGGUGGUGCAUGCCAAAGGGGGCGGAGCGUUUGGCUACUUUGAAGUGACUCAUGACAUCACUCGCUACUGCAAGGCCAAUGUCUUUGAACAUGUCGGCAAGACCACGCCCAUCGCUGUCCGCUUCUCAACCGUGGCUGGCGAAACCGGAUCAGCAGACACAGUGCGAGACCCCCGAGGCUUUGCAGUCAAGUUUUACUCUGAGGAGGGCAACUGGGACCUGACUGGCAACAACACCCCCAUUUUCUUCAUCAGGGACGCCAUACUGUUCCCGUCCUUCAUCCACUCCCAGAAGCGCAAUCCCCAAACCCACAUGAAAGACCCUGACAUGGUGUGGGACUUCUGGAGCCUGAGGCCUGAGAGUCUGCAUCAGGUGUCUUUCUUGUUCAGCGAUCGAGGUUUGCCUGAUGGCUUCCGUCACAUGAACGGCUACGGCUCUCACACCUUCAAACUGGUCAACGAUGAUGGCGAGUGCUUCUACUGCAAGUUCCACUUCAAGACGGAUCAAGGAAUAAAGAAUCUGUCAGUAGAGGAGGCCAACCGCAUGGCAUCCACCAACCCAGAUUAUGCCAUUGGAGACCUGUUCAACUCCAUUGCCAAUGGAAACUACCCAUCCUGGACAUUCUUCAUCCAGGUCAUGAGCUUCGAGCAGGCUGAGAAGUUCCAGUGCAACCCCUUCGACGUCACAAAGGUUUGGUCACACAAAGAAUACCCGUUGAUCCCUGUGGGAAAGAUGGUGCUCAACAGGAACCCAGUCAACUACUUUGCAGAGGUGGAGCAGCUGGCCUUUGACCCCAGCAACAUGCCACCGGGCAUUGAGCCCAGCCCCGACAAGAUGCUGCAGGGUCGCCUCUUCUCCUACCCAGACACACAUCGACACCGGCUUGGAGCCAACUACCUGCAGAUCCCCGUAAACUGCCCCUUCAGGACCCGCGUGACCAACUACCAGCGCGACGGUCCGAUGUGCAUGUUUGACAACCAAGGUGGAGCUCCAAACUACUUUCCCAACAGCUUCAGUGCCCCGGAGACCCAGCCUCGGUUUGUGGAGUCCAAGUUUCAGGUGUCUCCAGAUGUGGCACGUUGCAACAGUGCAGAUGACGAUAAUUUUACACAGGUUCGCACCUUCUUCACGCAGGUCCUGAACGAAGACGAGCGCCAGAGACUUUGCCAGAACAUGGCAGGGGCCCUGAAGGGAGCCCAGCUCUUCAUCCAGAAACGCAUGGUUGAGAACUUGAAUGCUGUCCACCCGGACUAUGGAAACCGGGUUGAGACGCUUCUCAAUGAGUACAAUGGGGAGGCCAAGAAGAACACAGCUGUGCAUGUUUACAGCCGUCCGGGAGUCUCGGCCAUCGCUGCCUCCUCCAAGAUGUGAGGACUUCAAUUUCCGCCUCUUCCAUUUAUCUUCUAGCAAAUGCACUUUUGUGAUUACCAACUGCUACUACCAGUGACACGAUUGGGAUUAACUUUCAAACUACCGUCGGUGCCGAGACUGGAAUACUAACCUUGUAGUGUCAGGGUUGGGUUGGUUCAUUUUGAAUUCAGUCAAUCCAAACAAUUGAUUUUCUCUAAAAUUCUCAAAGCUAGCAAUACUCUAUGAUGAGAUUAAUGAAUCUCUCUAUCAUGGCGUCUAAUUCUUUUAGUGCUCGACUUUUAGCAUUUAUUAGCAUUUUUGUUUGUCUGCAUUAAAUCAAUUAACCCCAACUGCUGUUGAGUACUAUGACAAGUGAUAAUUGUUUCGUUUAAUUACGUACUCAGGUUUUGUGUGCACUACUAUGUUAUGAUGAUCCAACUCUUUUCUUUGGCUUAAGUUUAACUUAAAGAAAACAAAUCCAGCUAUUCAAAGUGUCUUCAGUCUUGGAUCACAUUUAUAAAAUACCUUGAUUUGUUAUGCAGGAUUGGCUCGUGGCUGUGCUAAUGGCAGGGCUUUUGUUCACUAUGGGCAAUGAUCACUAUGUUUUAUUUGUAUGAGUAGAACUGGCAAUGGGAAACCCUUGUCAGUCUUACUGUUGUUUUCUUGUGGGCAUCAGCAUAUUGUUAAAAAGUAAGGUUCAAGAUGAGGACUUAUUUCCGUUACAGCUAAAACAAUAGUGCCUUUUUUGUGGAUGAAAACGACCAAAUACAGAUCAUUUUGCCCUUAAACUAGAAGAAUCACUUAUGAUUUGCUGACAGUUUUUAUUUGUUAGUUUUCCACAUUUCUUCACAUGUAGGAAGAGACUGAGUCAAUAGUAACCUAAUGAUCAAAGAUGUGAAUCUACAUUGACUAAUGCGUUCCGUUCCAAAAUGGUAAAGUGUUUAACGGCAUAUUACAAAGUGUGACACAGUUUGUAGAGGAGCCUCAGAGUUUCAGUUUAAAGAUAUCAUGUCGGUCACUUUCAGACUACAAAGAUCCACAACAGCAAACAAUCAAAGGUAGCACCGUCCAAUGGGAAUUGUCUGUCACAUGCUUUGUUGUGUAUUUGUAAACUCUCAAAUGAUCAUCUCAAUGUAACAUUUCUGUUUUCAUUAAUGUUCAAGUGAACCUUUUUCGGAUGAGAUGUGUGUUCAGUGCCUGUAUUAAUGAACUUGUAAACAAAGCGUAUCAGCAGCUUC